ACCAUUUUAUUAGUAAAGUUGGUACAUGAUAGAAAAAAAGACAAGCAAGCAAUUAGCAAACUAGGAUAGGAUAGUAUCCGCGUUUUUUGAAAGCGCGAAAUUAUUUUUGAAGCACGGAAUUAUUUUCUGUUGAUAAAUUUAUUAAUAUAUUUGUUUGUUCACUAAUAUAUUUAAAUAUGGAUGUUUUUUGGUUUUUGGUUUGAUUUUGUACGGUUGUGGUUAUUGGGCUUUUAUUCAAAAGAUAUAGAAAUCACUUGAUUAUUUAUGAAUUUUAGUUUAGUUUAGGUUUAGUUAUUUUGGUUUUGGUUUGGUUCAAAUAACAAUAUCGUAAAUCCGACAAAAUUUCGAGUUCAAUGAGCGUAUGGAUGGGUGCGAAUAAAAAUACAAUUUGAGUUUAUCUUUUUAAAUUAUGUUUGGAGACAAUUUGAGUUUCAACAUUUUAUAAUUUGUAAAUGAAAUUUAGAAGAUAUAGUUGGUGUUUUUUAUUUUUAAAUGUGUUCAAUGUGUGUUGAAAAAAAAAACAAUAUAUAGGGUGUGAUUGGUAGUGGCUGUAGGUGAUGUCCACAACCUCAUUUAUUUCUACAGCACUAAAUUCACAGCAAUUAAGCUUUAGUAAAAAUUUCAAAAUCACAGCUUUUAAAAUAACCUACAGCUGUACAAGUGUUCUGUAGAACCAAAAAUCUAGAGUAAUUUUUUGGAGCUUUUUAUAAAAUUGUAAAGCAAUAAAAUCUAAAGGUACUGCAAAAAAGUCUGUAAAUUUUUUCUACGGUAAAUUUUUUAAAGCUAUCGGACCCAUAAUAUGAUUAGUUUCAUGUAAUAUCCAACUACUUAAUAUUAUUUGGCCCAUCUAUAAUCUAUCCUAUACUAAAAGGCAGAUAUAGAGUGAUUUUAGCAUGUCCACGUAGGCAAAUAUAUUUGGCCAAUCAAAACAUUUCAUUAAAACACGUUGGAUCUCCUACAUUAAGCUAUUGAUUUUGUAUGGGCUUUGAUGUGCUUCUGCUGGGCUACAAUCUAUCGCUACAAUUAACCAAAAAAAAACAGCCCUAGACAGAAGUCUCUACGGCUCUACCUCUUCGUCUUCUUCGCUUGAUACCACAGCGAUUCAGCUUGAUUGAUCCACUUCUGUAUAAUCAAUACUCCACUACAUCUCGAUCAACCAAUUUCUUCUUAUCUAUCCUAUACUAAAAGGCAGAUAUAGAGUGAUUUUAGCAUGUCCACGUAGGCAAAUAUAUUUGGCCAAUCAAAACAUUUCAUUAAAACACGUUGGAUCUCCUACAUUAAGCUAUUGAUUUUGUAUGGGCUUUGAUGUGCUUCUGCUGGGCUACAAUCUAUCGCUACAAUUAACCAAAAAAAAGCAGCCCUAGACAGAAGUCUCUACGGCUCUACCUCUUCGUCUUCUUCGCUUGAUACCACAGCGAUUCAGCUUGAUUGAUCCACUUCUGUAUAAUCAAUACUCCACUACAUCUCGAUCAACCAAUUUCUUCUUAAUGAUUUCGUUUCGGUUUUCUCUUUUCCUCCUUCUUUAUAUACUCAUUUUCUUCCUGUGUACAAAUCAAACCCUAAAACUUCUCUAACUUCAAUCUAUGGCGAUGAAACCAAAUGGGAAAUCUCCUAUCACCUCCGAGGAUCUCAGCCGCCGCUACUCCCACCAGCUCAUCUCCGUCGUCGUUUACUGCCACUCACGCGGUGUGAGCUGAUGGGUGUGGAUAUGCUACUUAUUGAUCCAAGGUUAUCUGGAUCCUUAUUUUAGUAUUUGGUUCCAGAUUUUUAGUUUUUUUUCUUAAUCCGGUUCACUAUUUUCCUUCUCAGGCAAAGCUCAUCCACGUCUUUAUCAAUUUUCACCGUCUUAACACCUUUAAACCAAAGCCGCAACGAAGCAGGUUCACUUAGGUCUCAAUUUACUAUAAAUAAUGCUGCUUUUUAAGUACCAUCAGCACUAACGGAAUCCAUUUCAGGAAACUACCGGAGCUUGGCUGAGAUCGCCAUGAAAGCAUAGAAGCAAUAUCCAGCCAACGAAUUUACUUUAUUAAUCUCAUACAAGGUUACAGGCUUAAAAAAGAGUUUACAAACUUAACGUAGGAUGGUUAUCGUGAAUGCAAUAUACCUUGCCCUGUUUGUUGUUCUAUCGCCUGUCUCACCUAAUAAUAUGUCUCAUAAUUUUUUUUUGGUCACUUUUAUUGUGCCUCACAGUCAGUAAUGUUUCUUUCAUUCAUCACGCCAUUUUCAGGCUCAAAAGGAACGAAUGAAGCAAGAAAUUACAGGAACAGGCACUAAUGGCCGAGUUGGGGAGCCUGUUCAUGGUUCUAUUGGCAAGAACCGAGAUGUAACUGAAGAGAAGAGUAGCUUUGACCUUGCAGAAACCAAAUAUGGAAACACGGUUGAGAAACGCAGUUAGUAAACUUUUCAAACUUCUAAUGCCCACGGAGAAAUACACCACAGGAGUAAAGAACAUGGUGCUUGAGACACUGUUUUCUGCAAAAAUUGAAGGCUUUGUGGAUGGAUUCAGAGGUGAAACCAAAGCGGCCAGCACGGAAAAAACGGUGGACAAGUAGUUGAGAAUCAUAAGCUGGAGAUGAAGUAAAGAGCAAUGAAAUGGCAUCUUUGGCUAGAUCGAGGGAAAAUCUGAUGCUUCGUGUAGCCUCUUAUGCUUCAUGUAGCCUCUUAUGCUUAGACGUAUGACAUGAGAUUUUCUCAUCCCACGGAUCAGUUGUGCCGGUAGCGACAAGGAGUAUCAAGUUCAAUGCAGACCAAUUAGGAGAUUAAGAAGAGUGUGUGUGGGGGGAGAGAGGCUGUGCUGUGUAAGAAUAGGGAGAGGGAAUACUCAUAAGGAUGAAUUUGAGAGAAUUUUGUUGUAGUCAUUGUAGUCAUAAACGGUUAAUUUCAUUAGUUUUCCCAACAUCCAGCCAAAUUAAAAAUAACUCAUGCACUCGGGCUCUUAAAGCUUAUUUUAAGAUUGUUAUCUCUCAUGUCAUGGCGCAAACAAAACAUAGGUUCAGUUAGUACCUGAGGAAAUAUUUUUAACUGGAGUUAUAAUAUAUUAAUUUAAUAUUUAAAUUAAAAAUAUAUGUAUUAUUAUAACAAAAAUAAACUUUUUUAUAAAUUAAUGGAGGUAUAUGAGAACUUUGACAUGAAUUAGUGGAAUCAAAUGCCAAAUUUUAACUAAAUAUUAUAGUAUUUGUUUUUUAAAAUACAGUAAAAGAUUUUUUUUUCCAAUUUUAGUGGGAUCACUUGACCCCAGAUGUCCCUAUGUGCCCCGCCCUAUGUUCAGUAAGAGUUUCAAAAUAUACUUAGUCUGUCCAACAAAAACCAUCCAGGUCAUUAUCGAAAGUUUGCCACCAUAACCCAAUAAUAAAAACGAUUAGAAAUUGGAUUAAAUGAUAAGUGGAUGUUUGUACCGCAGGCUACCAAAUUAAAAAUUAGUAAUGACCUUUAGUCUUUGAAAGGGCUAAUAGUUAAAAUAAAUAUUAUAGUUAUCAUCACACUAUUUAAAUAACUAAUAAUAAAAGCAAUCAGCUUACAAUUUUGUAAACCGGCUUUACCAAGGGUCAUGGCAUGGCAUUGGCGCAAAUGAAAAGCACCGACGAAGAAACAAACCCCAUGUCUACCACUAAACUUUUAUGGCAGUUCGUAUCACAACAUAUGUCGAGACAUGUUGGACUACAUAAACCAGUCCUAUUGUCGCAAGUAUUAUGUGGAUUCGGCGAGGGUCCUCCUCAUUGGUAGUAGCACGAUCAAAGAGGCACCACAAGAGACCGAUCACCAUUGCUUUCUCUUGAUGGUCCGUGUUUGGACUUGCAUCUCUUGAUGGUCCAAGAAUAGGUCAUGAAACAAACAGAAAUCUGUCAAGUUAUGUAGUCAUCAUCUUAUUUUUUGUGUGUACUCUUAAGUCUGAACACGUUAGAGAUAGAAAAAUUAUGAGAUGAAAAUCUACGAGCCUAUGAUGGUUAACAAAAGCCAAGGUCAAAAGUUAAUAGCUGUUCUUUUGUACUUCUCAAAACCAUUGUUCACUUAGGAACAACUAUAUGUUUCUCUAUCAAACGUUACUUCAUUGAUGAAAAUCAUAGAAGAAACCCAAAAUUCUGAUAAGAGUUAAGAAGAUAGUUAAAAGUAUAUAUAUCUAUAUAUAUACAAUGGCUUUACAACUUGAAAAAAUUGGUAAGAGAUACAAAAAUAUGUUGCUUUGAUUCGAGAUUUAUAGAUUAAAAUAAUUAUUUGCUUUUAAAUGCACGAACAAAAGCUUCGAACUUCUUAACUAGCUAUUGAACCACCUUAGUUUAUUAUUAUGUUUUUUUAACCACAAGCGUAUUAUUAUGUUAUAAGCUACGAACUUCAUAUUAUGUUACACCUUAGCUACGGACUUCAUAUUAUGCUAUAAAGAAUGGUAAUCUCCACUUUGGAGCUUAUAACUGGAUCAUGGAAAAAUGCUGGUGGGUGCAAAGAUUUGAAGAUAUCUCAUUUACUUGGCCGCGAAGAAAGACAAAUUAGGUGGCGGAUCUUUUGCCUAAAGCUAGAAUUCCGUAUGACAAUUUAUUUGUAUGCUAUUACAAUGUACUUACUUUAAUUGUUCAUCCUCUUCAUGAAGGAUUAUGUAAACUCCACCUAAGUUUAAUAAAAUUAGUUGUUAUAAAAAAAUUAUGUACACUACUAUUUCUUACAUUUAAUUAUAUAUUGAUCCACCUUAGCUUCUUAAAAGUCCAAUACCACAAAAAUAAAAACUUAUCUAUUACAAUACAUCAAAAGUGUUUUGAAAUAAAACUAUGAAAACCCUUUAAACAAGAGAUUAUAUAAAAAUAAUACAACAAAAUCAACAAUUAAAUAUAAAAAGCAACUAUAGUCUAUAAUAUUUGAUAUUCAUAUAAAAAUCAACAAUUACAUAUAAGAAGCAAUUAUCCGCGCGAAGCGCGGAAAAAAGAUCUAGUAAUUUUUAAAAGCUCAUUGUCGUUGUUAGCUAAAACCAAAAAAAAUCCAUUGAUGAAAAUUUUGUUAUGUAUCUUCUUUGAAUUAGUUUUUAUGAGAAUUAAUAUUGAGUAAUAUUCUUUCGUUAGGAUUUGGACGUUGUUAUACCGUUUGUUUGUAUUUUUUGAUUUUCUAAUUCAAAUUUUGUUAUGUAUCUUCUUUAAUAUUAAUUUUUAUUAUGUCGAACAAAGACUAUGUAAUUUGGUUGAAAAGAAGGGAUUAGUACAUGUGUUACAAAGACUUAAAAAAACUAUCUAUUUAAUGCUUUUAAAACACGAUGCUGAAAUUACUUAUUCAGUAAGCACAUGAUUUUGUAUCUUUCCUCUUUAAAAUAACCUUGUUGUUAUCCUAUCUUCUAAAGACUUGCUCAGGUCACAAGAAUCAAAACACAGGUGUGGAAACUAUCAAACAGUAAACCAAACUUUUGACCAGAGUGCUCAAUUUCGAACCAAGCCCGAUUGAACCAAGAACAUUAACAGAAGUAACAGAACUAAGGGGUUUAUUGUUCAUUUUUUCUCAUAACAUUUAAAUAAAAACUUGUAAGCUAUAGUCAACAUAUAUAUGUUUCUUAUUCAUUUACCAACGAUCCAAUACAAACAAAUUAAAGAAGCGUUCGUAGCAAAAUAAAAUAAAAUGAAAAUAAAGAAGUGCAAGAAACGUGCAUGGAUUAAACAAUUAUACUUGAAAAAGCUACGCAUCUUCUCAAAUCUCAAUAUACUUUUGUUUUUAGUUAAUAAUUCAAAACCUAAGCGUAGAGUAUACAAAGCUGUAUUGUUCAUGUAUCCACAUCCGUGUAUAAAUACCGAUCACAUGAACUCACGUUUUCUUCAUCCAGUAUCAUUCAAACCAAAUAAAAAACAUAAACCCAAAAAGCAUGAAUCCUAUGUUUUACUUCCUUCUUGCCUUAACCGCUAUUUUGGCUACGACAGCAAACGCAGGCGGGCCAGUUCUGGACAUUGAAGGUAAUAUCAUAUUCGGCGGCAGUUACUACGUUAUUCCCGUCUUCUUCGGCGCUGAUGGUGGCGGCCUGACUCUUUCCCCCCUUGGUAACAAGCAGUGUCCCCUAUAUAUCGGGCAAGAACCUUCAGAGGCCAACAUGGGCAUUCCCGUAAGAUUCUCAAACUGGAAGUCUAGAGUUGGGUUCGUUCCCGAAUCCGAAAACCUUAACAUCCCGAUGGAUGUCAAAGCUACGAUCUGCGUCCAGUCAACAUACUGGUGGGUCGCUGUAUCUGGCAUGCCCACUGUGAAGUCUUUAAUAGCGGCUGGUCCUAAGCCAGAACCUGCAAAAGAUUCAUCCAAAAGUUUCUUCCAGAUCAAAAAAGAUGGAGAUUCUAGUAAUGGCUACAAUAUUGUGUUUUGUCCUAAUGAUAAAGAUUGCAUUGAUGUCGGGAUAUUUGUGGACAAAGAUGGCGUUCGACGUUUGGCUUUAAGCUCCACGCCAUUCCCAGUUAUGUUCCUGAACUCUACUGAUGAGACAGAGACUUCGUUCAAGAAGACCAUGUCUAUUAUCUGAAAUAAAUUAUAAAGACUACAAAUUAAAAAAAAUAAGAGUUUUCACUUACGGCUAAUAAUUAAACUCUAGUUUCUUUGUUUUUUUAUCAGUCUUCUUCAUAUAUGGAAUAAAAAUUGAUUUUCUUUGUUUUUUA